AGGUUUAAGAACAGAUUAUUCGAAUUUAGUCUUGUAGUAAAUCUUUGAAAUGCACUGCAUGUUCCAUAAUGCUUUUCGGCAUCCACGUCAUCAACCUGCGUUAUUAUUCCGAAAGUGGUGAGCUGGCUUUGAACAGCGGGUGGAUUUUUCAUUUAUAAUUUUGCCCUUCACCGUCCCACAAUCUUCAUCACAAUGACAAAGAUUCUGGAGUGGCUUCUUGGUGUGUCACUGAUUGGUGUGGCAUGGGGACUCGUUACCUUUACCUCCUUUGAUUUGCAGUUGCCUCCCCAGUAUAGAGAGCUGGCGUGGCCCAUGCCUGUAUAUCUGCUGGUGGUGUUUGGGUGUUAUUCACUGGCAACUGUCGGCUACCGUGUGGCCACGUUUAAUGACUGUGAGGAUGCGGCCAAAGAGUUGCAAGCCCAAAUAAAAGAAGCCAAAGAGGAUUUAAAGAAGAAGGGAUUGAAGAUGUGAGAAUUACAUCUUAGCUUCUGUUCUUUUUAUAUACAAAUGCAAACGUAGUCCUAUUAUUUCUGUUUACUUUGGUGAUGUCUGUACUACAAUAUGCAAUCAAAGCUGUAGCUCAAAGCUGUCCAACUUUUUCCAAGUCUUUUUUUUUUUCAACAUGAUGUAAAUAAUGGUUUGAAAUGUAAACACCUGCACACCUGUGAAUGAUCUAUUUCCAGCAUUGUGACAGUCUUAUUUUAAACAUUACAGGCACAUGCAUGUAUUGUCAAUGGAGAGCAGUGCAGUCAGCUUCUCUAGAGUGUGUAUUUGUAUUGGCCAGGGAAUGAAUACAUCUUUUUUGAACCAGUUCUUUUUAAUGAGUCCGAAUUCUGAGUCAGACUUAGAAAUGAACCCACUGUGUAGUUGCACAAGGGCAGCAUUUCAGUAAAUCAAAUUACUAAGAUUUGAUUUAAAAUAUAAAAUAAUGGGACUGUGUUAAGGCUCCCCUGUUGUUGUCCUUUUUACCUUAAAUUAAGGUUAUGAGCAUUUUUUUGUAAUUGGAGUAGGCUACAAGUGUUGUAAGUACAAGCAUUUAAUGUGAAUAUAAUAAAAGAAGUGGUAUACAUAGGGCUUUUCACACUUGAAAUAGUUGACCCUGUGUCACUUUAAAGCUCAGGUAAAAGAAAUCCAGGGUCAUUUUGCUUUACUUUUCACACUGCCCAUAACCUACCCGGAUUAAAAAGGAAUGCUAUUUAUUCACAAGCUGACAUGUCACACUGUGCAUUUACCGGGUUUACGGUCUUAUUUGCGGUGUUAGUGUCACUGAUUGGAUGAACGCAGCAUGCAGCCUUUUUCCAUAAUGAUUCUUGCAUCCUUGUAUUAGCAGCUAUUAUUUGCAGAAUGUAUUAAGUUUUUCCUGAAUAGACUUUUAGGACUACAAAGGUAUGAAUACAAUAGUCUCUUCACUUAAA